AUGGCCGGCGAAUCGCGUACAGAGCUCUUGGCCUGGGUCAACGACCUGCUCCAGCUGAACCUGACAAAGGUCGAGCAAUGCGGCGCCGGCGGAGUCUACUGCCAGAUCGUCGACAGCAUCUUCGGUGAUGUGCCGAUGGCGCGAGUCAAGAUGGGCGCCAAGCAGGAGUGGGAGUACCUCGAUAACUUCAAGGUCCUCCAGGCCGUGUUCAAGAAGCAUCAGAUUGACAAGCCCAUCCUCGUCGACCGCCUCAUCCGCUGCAAGAUGCAAGACAACCUCGAGUUCCUCCAGUGGCUCAAGCGGUUCUGGGAAAUGAACUUCCCCGGAGGAGAAUACGACCCGGUUGGCAGGCGAGGGGGUGCUGCCGCCGCCGCCCGUUCCGCUCCAACCGCCCGCGCCCCGCUAGGCACCUCGCGCGCCUCUUCCGCCUCCGCCCGCUCGUCCUCCGCCGCAGGCGCACACGUCGAUGCCGCCGCACUCGAGGCGCUCACGGCUCAGAUGAACGAGAUGAAGCUUGGUGUGGAGGGAUUGGAGAAGGAGAGGGACUUUUACUUUAACAAGCUGCGAGAGAUCGAGAUCAUCAUUGGCGCGCGACUCGAAUUGGCAGACGCGCCGGCAGAAGAAGGAGGCGGAACGGUCACGGAGGAGGAGAAGGACACGCUCCUUCAGAUGCAGCAGAUCCUGUACAGUACCGAGGAGGGCUUCGAGGUCCCCGAAGAAGGUCAAGAAGGCGAGCUCGUCAACGAGGAAGAGGAGACGUUCUAG